AUGUACUUGUCUCUUCAUUUCUUAAUAUACAGCCACCAGGCCACAGUUCAAGACAUUCAUAAGAAACGUCAGAACAAGGAUCUUGUUGAGCUGCAGGGCCUGAUUGAUGCUCACUUUGAACAUAGAAAGAAGGAGGAGGAAGAGCUCAUCGCCCUCAAAGAAAGAAUUGAGAAGCGUAGGGCUGAGAGGGCCGAGCAGAACAGGAUCCGUAGUGAGAAGGAGAAGGAGCGCGCGGCGAGACGUGAGGAGGAGAGGCUGAAGAGGGAGGAGGCAGAUGCCAAGAAGAAGGCUGAUGAGGAUGCGAAGAAGAAGUCUGCCCUGUCCAGCAUGGGCUCCAACUACAGCAGCCAUCUGCAGAAGGCUGACUCAAAGAGAGGUGGGAAGAAGGAAACUGAGAGAGAGAAGAAGAAGAAGAUCCUGGCAGGCAGACGCAAGGUCCUGAACAUCGACCAUCUGAAUGAAGAAAAACUGAAGGAGAAGGCAAAGGAGCUGCAUGAAUGGAUGAAGACCCUGGAGUCUGAGAAGUUUGAUAACAUGGAGAGGCUGAAGAGGCAGAAGUAUGAGGUCACAACCCUGCGUAAGAGAGUGGAAGAGCUGAGUAAAUUGUAA